UUGGAGUUUCUCUCUCCUCUCUCUCUCUCCAUUCAUAUUGCAGUUUCUCUCUCUGCAUUCAUAGUCUCUCUCGAUCUGUUUUUGUUGGAAAACUUAGUACAAUGGUUGAGAUUGAGGACAUCACGGACGAAACCAAACCCAAUUCAAGCUCCGUCGAAAAUCAGGGAUCAGAAGAACCCCAAUCCUCUGAGAAGCAGACAGAGACUAGGUUUCCAGAGGUGGAGGAAUCCUCUGACAAGCAGACGGAGACUAGGGUUCCAGAGGUGGAGGUCCACCUUUACAAGAGAGGUAAAGGCCCCAAUGAUGUUUUCAAGUCGAGCUUAGGAGGUUGGGAUCAGGACAGGCUUGAGGUCCAUGACAUUUUGGAGAAAUACUCACUGAAAUCGAUUUAUGCGUUCAACCCAUCUUCAGGAAGAGGGGUUCCGAUUCGUUUCAACCCAAAAAAUGGCCGAUCUUUGUUACCUUACAGAGAUGGGGCCGUAGUCUUCAUCGAUGGAGAACCUAAGGAUCCAUUGAUCAAACCAAUAACAAAGAUGUUGUUUGGUGUUGCUGCUAUAACCCUUCUGAUAUCAAUAUUCGUAAGAGAAACCCCAUCAUGGCUUCAAAAUCCAAGCUUUUUAGGGGUAACUUUUCCCCCUUGGAUCCUUGCUUGCAUGGUUAUAGUCUUCACUCGCCUGAAAAAGAGGACUCGAGGUCUACUUCAGAAGUAUGGAUGGUGAUCAAAGCAACUCAUGGAGAAAGCUGAACAUACCAUAUUUCUUAGGAUUGUAUACAUUAUGACCUUUUUUUUUUUUUUUCCAUACACAAAGGUCACAAACACCUCAAGCCAUCAAGUAUAAAAUCAGUUAAUUUGAGUGUAUUAUUUCUCUGCACAAAGUCCGGAAGAUAAGUUUUUAAGAUAUGAGUAUGGUAUGACUAUCUGAUUUUACAUCCAACAGUUAGGGAUGAUUUUGAAUUUUUUGUAUAAACUUAGACAAAUCUCAUUGUAUGCAUGCCAUAUUUCUUGAUGUU